AUGCGUACAGAGGAGGAUGAGGACGAGGGAGAACUAAAGCGAGCGAAGAGAGAUGCUGUUAGCGCGUACAGUCAGUUGCCAGCUAAUCUGAAGUCGAGUUCGGUGCAGAUUAGCUCAGCGGAGGAUUUGCUGUCGAGUAUGGACGACAUCAUCAAGAAUGAAGAGGAGGUGGAUGAAGCCACGCAGCGAGGAGAUACUACUACACAGGUGAAGUCGGAACCAGUAUCAGUACCGCAAGUGUCGAGACCCGAUGAGAAGAAGGCGAGGGCCGAACAAACUGCCCCACCAAAACCAAAACCAGCGAAGCCAACACCAGUGGACGAGACGAUGGACUCGGAAGAGGAAGAUAUCCUUGACAUGUUGUCCUAA